AUGUCACGGUGGCUAAUUCCCGGAUCGAACGCACGCACCGCGCCCCACAAGAACGGUGGCGCGAGAUCGACCAAGGCGCCGGUUCUCGGCGCCGGUCUUACUAACAACGGGCCAGAUUUACACCUGGCCCAACCCGCAUCGAGCAAACGCGGGAGUGAGGACAAGGGGAGGACAGACAUAUCAAAGGCUAAGCCCGUCAGCGGCGCCAAGAAUGCAAUACUGGCGCCAAGUCCUCCCCAAACUAUUGCACGACGUGUGACACAGCUUUUACGUCGGCAGUGCAGCUAA